UUAAAUGUCUGCACCGCAGCAAUAAAAAUCCUCACCCAACACGGUCAACAGAACAGGUCAAAUGUGGCAUCGCUAUUUUUCUGAGGGAGUCACAUUUUUCGCAAGACUGAGCUGUGAUGGAUAAUGUACAUGUUGCUAUUCGAGUGCGUCCCUUAAUUCAGAGGGAGAAGCAAGUGGAUGCAGUGACACACUGGAAGGCAGACACCCACACAAUCACCCAGGUGGACCAGCGGGGCAAGGCCUGCAGGAAGGAAUACCUGUUUGAUCGUGUGUUUGACUCCAGCGAGACAACCAAUGACGUGUACGAGGAGAUUGCUCAGCCUAUCGUGGUGGAGGCCAUGGAUGGCAUUAACGGCACAAUUUUUGCCUACGGGCAAACAUCGAGUGGAAAGACUUAUACCAUGAUGGGGGACAGUGAAUCCCCUGGCAUCAUCCCCUGUGCGGUACAAGACAUCUUUGACAGCAUUCAGAAUACACCGAACCGCGAGUUCCUCCUGCGAGUCAGCUACAUGGAGCUGUAUAACGAAGGGCUGUGUGACCUGCUGAGUAACGAGAAAAAGAGCCUCCAAAUCAGAGAAGUUGAUAAACGUGUCUUUGUCCACGACUUGACGGAAGAAGUUGUCACCCAGCCAGAGGAUGUCCUUCAGCUGCUCAAGAAAGGAGAAGCUCGGCGUCAUUUCGGCCAGACAGACAUGAACGAACGGAGUAGCCGCUCCCACACAAUAUUCUGCAUGAUCGUUGAGUCCAGGGAGAGGGCUGAUCGGAAGAGGUCUAUGGAGCUGGCUGUUAAAGUGUCUCAUUUGAAUCUCGUGGACCUGGCCGGAUCGGAGCGGGCCAACGAGACGAAGGCGGAGGGAACCAGGCUGAAAGAAGCCUGCCGCAUCAACCAGAGCCUGCACCAGCUGGCCAUGGUCAUCAACAAGCUCAGCCAAGGAGCGGACUUCAUCCCCUUCCGGGACUCCAAGCUGACCCGGAUCCUCCAGACGUCGCUGGGAGGAAACGCCAAGACAGCUAUCAUCUGCACCAUCACCCCAGCCUCCAUCGACCAGACCCACAGCACCCUCCAGUUUGCCAGCCGUGCGAAGACCAUCAAGAACACGCCAGAGGUCAACGAGGUCCUUUCGGACGAGGCCAUGAUGCAACGGCAAAAGAAGGAGAUCCAGGAACUCAAGAGAAAGAUCCUAGAGCUUGAGCAGCAGGGCGAGGUGUUGGAAGAGAAGGCCAGCCUCCACGAGCAGCAGGAGCAGAGGAUCAAGAUGCUGGAGAAGAUGAUCCUGGUGUCAGGAGGGGGUCGCAUCAUGCCCGGCUCAGAGACCAAGAAAGCCAAGUACAAGCGUCGUCAGACCUGGUGUCCAGGCACCGGCCCUCUCCCUCUCCUGCCGAUCACCAAGCCGGCCGCCCCCUCAACGAUCGAGGAGGCAUCCUUCGUCUCGCAGAGGACCCACAAUUCCUCGGACGGAGCUGACUCGUCCCCGUCAGCCUCCAUCAGCCCCACCGCCUCCACCUGCAGCGAUGACUUCUCUCGCACUAAAGAGCUGGAGUUCAUGGAGGACAUGGAGAGUAGGGAGAACCUGGGAGAGGACAACAGCUUCCUGGCUCCGCUUCCCCUCAGCCCUCAGAGGCAGAGGAGGAAGCGACGCCGGGCUCACGUACACUUCUCCAUGCCCGGGGAAUCAAACACUGCAGAUGUGGAAUGCCAAACUGAGCCAUCAGAGGCAGACAAAAGCAGUGAUAGUGAAAUUAACCAUGAUGACAAGGUAGUCAACUUGGAGGAGGGAAAGAUGUCGGAGGAACUUCAAGAGGCACUGGAGCAAUCAAAGAAACAAGCAGAGGGCCUUCAGGCCAGAAUUGUGGAGUUAGAGAAUAUUACUUCCUCCAGGGAAGGAGCAGAGGAGGCAACGAAAGAGGCUCUACAAGCAUCGAAUGAUCGCUGCUGCGAGCUGCAGCGUCAAGUCGCCUGUCUCGAAGGGAAAGUAGCAGGGCUGGAAGACGAGAAAGCUGCAGCGUCACAGCAACUGCAGAGCCAGGAAGCCCUGAUACAGGAAUGCAAAGAGUGGAGGGAGAAGAGCCAAGAACUGGAGAGGAAGGUGUGUCGUCUCGAAGAGGAGAACGAGAUGGUGAAUCAGCUGUCAGAUGCCUUGUGCCUGUCCGAGGAGAAAGUGGGGGAGCUUGAGAGCCAUAUCCAGGAUGCUGAUUGCAGAGUUGCCGCCCUGACUGAGGAAGUCUGCGCAUUGACGGCUCAGCUCAAAGAGAAGCAGGGCUCGGCAGCCGACACUGCCAACAAAUUGGAGCUUGAAAUCCUGGCCCUAAAGGCGCAAUUGGAGGAGCGCAAUGAAGCCCUCUCCCUGGCCUCUCAGAAGUCGGCAGUGGAGGUGUCAGGCCUACAGGAAACCAUCCAGGGGCUGGAGGCGGCCGUCUCUCAUCUGAAGAUGGAGCGGGAGGAGUUGUCAGCUCUCCCCCAGAGUCUCAAGGAGAGAGAGGCUAAAAUUGAGGAGCUGUGCCGGAUGCAACAACAAGCAGAAGAAGCCAUCACUACCUUGAAGCAGGAGAAGGCUGUAAUGAGCCAACAGUUGGAUGAACAAAAUUCCCAGAGUAAACAGAACUACAGAGAAGCCGAUGAGCAUACUGCCAAAGUUCAAGAGCUUGAGGAGGCCGUUCAGUUGCGGGAUGAAGAGCUGGAGGUGGUGAACCAACUCCUGGAGGAGCAGCGACUGGAGCUGGAGGCCGUCAACCAGAUCCUGGACAGGCAGCGAGGGGUGGCCGAGAAGUGUGAAGAGGAGGCUGCCCAAAAGAUGGCCGCCUUGGCCCAGGAGGUUCAAGACCUCGGGAAGCUGGCGGAGGAGCGAAGCUGGGAAGUGGAGACCCUACGCUGUCGGCUGGAGGAGCAGCGGCCCGAAGUGAAAAUUCAGAUGCAAGACUCUGCGGCCGCGACUACUGCCCAGUCCAAGCAGCUGAGAGAUGUCGAAAAGAAGCAGGAGUCAGUUGAUGAGGAUGGGGGGAUGGGGCACACUCUGCCCGAGGAGCUUACGAGAGAGUCUGUCAUCACAUCAAGGAGAGAGCUGAAGAAGGCCGAAGAAAGAGUGAAAGAGCUGACCAGAUUACUUGGUGCCCGGCAGGAUGAGCUUGAAACCCUCAACACCUUCCUGGAGGAGCAAGGCAAGGAGGCAGAGGAGGCCAGGAGCCACCACGUGGCAAGGAUCACCGAGCUGACAGCCCUCCUAGAGGAACAGCAGGGCCAGCUGGCCUUGUCUGCCGCGGUACCCCUCACUAGUAGUAGCGCGGAGAGCAAGGUAGAGCCCUCCCUGGCAGAUGAACUGGAAGCCGAGGAGUGGAAAGCAAAGGCGAGAAGAACAGAGUCCGACCUACUGGGGUCCGUCCAACUCUGCGAAGAGAUCAUGGAGGAGAAGACAAAGAUCUCCCAGGAGAGGAAUCAGUUGGAAGCGGAGUGCAAGAGCCUGAAGGAGUCACUCAGGGGCAAGGUGUCGGAGCUGAAGGUGCUGCAAGAGCUUCAUGAAUUCACCCAGAUUGAAGCCGAAUUGACCAAGGAACAAGAGGUGCAGUAUCAAAAUGACAUUGAGGAUCUCAAGAAGAAGCUAGCAGAUCAAGAGAGGUCUCUGGCUGAGCAGUACCGUCAAGAGAUAGCAGAACUGCAGAAGAAGCUCGGCUCCAAGGACAAAGUCCUGGAAGCUGAGUACCAGCGGGACAUAGAUGAGCUACUGAACAAGCUCCGAGAGAAGAGCCAGAGUUUUAAUGCCCUUCAAGAACAAAAUGCGGGUCUCAUCCAAGCUGUGAGCCAGAAGGAGCAGCUGGCAGAAAGUCUUCAAGAACGGCUGAAUCUGUUGAUCAGUGAUGGUGAAUCUGCCAUACAGAAGAUAGUUGAUAGUUCAGAAUCCUCCACUCAGGUCUCACCUGACGUAGUGGGAUUCCUCACCAAUGAAGCAGCUGCUCAAACAGAGGCAGUCCAAGACAAAACGAAUGAGCAAGUAGAGACAACCCUUCCACCUGAUACCCUGCAGCAGAGGGUAGCUGAGCUUGAGUCAAGCGAGGCAGCCUUGCGGCAGGAGUGCCAAGCCCUGACAACAACUGUCAGCAGCCAGGACCAGGAAAUUGAGGUCCUCAAGGAGAUCCUCCAGGAGUACCAACAGGACGAUGGGGAGGCAGACAACCACACCAAAAUUGCAGCUUUUGCCCAACGCAUUGAAGAACUGGAAGAGCAGCUCAAGGCCUCUGCCUCCAGCCACCAGACGCUGCCUCUUCCUGAUGCCAUCCAAAUACCUGUCUCUGGUCAGGAGCUUGAUGCCCUAAUGGAAGAAAAUCAAAGUCUUAUGGAUGCCCUUGCUAGGUCUCAGAGCCUCGGUGAAAAACUUCAAGGAAAGGUACAAGAUCUAGAGAGAACUACGGAACAAGGAGCCAGUACCCAUGCAGAGCUGUCGCGUCUGAGGGAAGAGCUUGGAGUCCUGACCAAGACUAAUUUGUCUCUCUCUGAGAAACUGUCAACGAUUGAGACAUACUGCAGCAAACUGGAGGCAAAGAUUCUCCUGCUGGAAAACUGCCAGAAAAAGGAGGAUAGUCAAGAAAUCCAUCUUGCCUCUGAGGCUGUACAGUGUCAGUUGGAAGACACAGCCUCCCAGAAGGCUGAGUUGGAUCGGAUGGAAGAUGAUUUUAAGAGCAGGAUCAAGCACUUGGAGGAAUGCACCAAGAAAUUGAGACAAGAAAAUCAAGCCUUGAUGGGGAAUUCUCAAGAGUUGGAGCAGGUUAACCAGGAAAGUGCACGCGAGAAGGAAUCUUUACUGGAAGAGCAAGCUGUCCUCAAACAGCUCUUAGAGGAGGGCUCAAGCAAAAUGCACGAGUUGGAAGAGGCAGUGUCUGUACUUAGGAAUCAGUCCAGAGAGGAUACCAAAACAAUUAAAAAUCAAACUGAUGAAAUUGAGAUGCUGCGGCAAGUCCUUGGAGAACAAGAGCAGCAGCUACAGGCCACCAGAGAUGACUACAAGGAUUCUGUCUCACGGAUGCAGGAACUUGAGAGCAUGAUCGAUGCCGUGAACCGUAAAAAUGCUGACCAAGCAAUGGAGAAAGACCAGGAAGAGAAUGAAAUUUGUAGGCUGCGGAGUACUCUGGAGGUCAAGGAAGAACUAUUACAAACCAAGGUGGGGCAAAACUUGGAACUGCAGUCUAGGAUAGAACAUCUGGAAUCUGCCCUGGAUGCCAACAUCGGGAAGCUGCAAGAAAAAAUACAAGCUGAAGCAGAGCAACUUGGUGAAAUUCAGCGGCUACAGGAAUGUUUAGAGGAGCAGGCCAAUCGGCAGAGGAGCAAAGAUGAAAAGUGCAUGAAGCUCGAGGCAGGACUGCAAGACCUAGAGAAUGUCAUGCACUCCAGGAGCACUGAAUGGGAAUCAACCCAAUCGAGGCAGCAGGAGGAGAUCCAGCUGUUGCAGUUAGAGCUGGACAACGUGAGGGACACAUUCAGCCCACUGAGAGACAGCCAUGCAGACUUGCAGGCCACCUUCAGGGACCAGGAGGCCAGGAUCAAGGACAUGCAAGCUGUCAUCACCAAGCAGGAUGAGGAACUUAAGGUUUUCCGAGCCCUACUCGACGAACGCAACCGCAAGGUUCUCCAUCAUGAAGACAAGCAUUACGAGAUGCUAACAAAGAUUGAAAAUCUCGAAAGUGGCCAUUCAAACAAGGAGCACACCAUCAAACAAUUGGAAGAGACCGUCAGCCAACGGGAUGAAGAGCUUCAGCAACUUUAUACAGCUCUAUCGAGUCAAGAAAAAGAGUUCCAUGCUCAGUGCUCAGAGCUCAAAGAGCAGCUGCAGGCGGCCAGAAAUUCCCUCAAUACCAAAGAAGAUCGAAUGAAGCAGCUGGAGGAACUAGUAGAACAGAGAGGUGACGAGGUAGCAUCCUUGCAGCACCAGCUUGGAGAAUACUGCCAACAGAAGCAUAGGUUCCUGACCGAGGUCUCCCAGAAGGAGGAAGAUCUCUGCAGCUUGCAGCAAGCUCUCGAGGAUGCUCAGCAGAGGAACAGGAGUGCCGCCCUGGAGAUCCAAGCCCUGGAGGCCCAGGUGCACCAACUGAAGGCAGAGCUGGAGAAUUUAAAGGUUUCUCCAGACCUGACGGAUGAUGUCAGAAGACUCCAAGCAGAAAAGAACGAGCUCCAGGCCCAGCUGGAGAAGGCCACCAAGAAGUUGCAGCGGAAGACGGCCAACCUGGACAAACUAGACGACGCCUUUGAGACCCUGCAGCAGGACCACUGCUCCCUGGAGGAUAAGUACGAGGAAGAAAAGGCUGAACACCAGCAGACAAAGAACAAGCUACAAGAAGCUGAGGCCAGCCAGGCUAAGCUCAAAGAACGAGACAGACAGAACCAGAGUGUGGAGGAGCUGAUGAAGGCUCACAAGCAGCAGCUGGCGGAGAAGAACCUACGGAUCAACGAGCUGGAGACGGAUCUGCUGAGGGGAACCGAUCCGCUGGAGGAUAAGAUAAGAUCUCUGAGAUCAGAGGUCCAGUACCAAGAGCGUAAAGUGCAACAGUACAAGAAGGAAGCGGAGAAACUCCGCAGCGCUCAGUCACGGCAGGGACCCCAGGCUUCCCAGAAUGUGUCAGCCACGGCGCCUGAGCGGCCCCCUGAAGCCACAGGAGGGUCGGGUAUCAUUGAGAGCUGUGCCAUCUUCGCCAUCAAGGCCGAGAACCACAAGCUGACCAAGGCGCUAGAGAAGGCCAAACGAGAGUUGGAACACAAAGACAUGAAGUACCACGACCAGGUUUCUAAGAAAACGGCAGCGGAACAAGAGACCCGUUACUGGAAGGACAAGGCCAAAUCACUGGCCAGUCAUCUGAAGAGGGCACCUACCAGUCACGUCACUGAUGCGAUCAUUUCAUCGCCACUCAAAGAGCGAGAUGCCAACGACCCAACCAGCCACCAGACCAACCCCAAGAAGUUCAGGCCCAACAAUGCGCCCGGACCCAAAUACGUGGAGAAGAUCUCAGGUCUACAGCCGAGUGGGCAGGCCACAACUGCCGGAGCUCCCCGACAGCCGCUAGAUGACCACAACUGGCUGACCAAGGCGGUCGCAGAGAGGGACGCUGCUGAGGUAGUAAAGGGGAGCGACACUGACGACCCCCAGCAGUGCGCCACUCAGUGAGCGUGGUAGUCCAACCUCCCCCCCCCCCCAUGGCAUUGUAAAUGGUGGCACACGUGAUGGCAGGCCCACCGUCCGGGCAUUGCAAAAUGUGUGAACGCUCAGUACGGCUUGUAACUGUUUUCAACACUGAUCAGUUCAGGAUUCCCUCAUCACACAUCAUAUGUCCCCUUCCUCCCGCCGUACCCAACACAUUCCUCUGCUCAAUCCCCAUACACCCACUCCUAGGUACCUAUGGCCUUGAAUUUCUCCUUAGCCCCCUCCCAACGCUCCUUCUGACCUUUUUUACCAUCACCCCCCCCCAAAGAAAAUCUGCCCAUAUUUCAUAUUCCUGAACAAAUUAAGACUAAAAAGCACAAAGCACUACUCUUUCUCCAGAUGCUGUGUAAAGAUACACCGUUUUAAAUGUAUAAUCUUGUGUCUUUUGUAGUUUCAAAUAAGUAUUCUCGCAUGUAAUGUUUAAAAAAGAACACAGACUUCUAGCACGAAAGAACUGAUAGUUUGUGUUCUCAGCCAAGCCUAUCGUAAAUAAAGUUGGAUGUAACAAUUACACAAUUACAGUUGGACAUAAUAAUUAUAUUUAUAUAAUUCCAUGGCCUAACUUUUAGUGUCUAGUGUACAAAAUAUACUGCACUUGCUUUGAUAGCCCAAUGAAAAGACUAUUUUGAAGGAGAACUCGUUUGACUUUCCCAAUUACAUGCGUUUUCAUUUGCAAAGGAACAUAUCCUCUGCCAGACUGAUUCGUUGUCGACCAGUUUGAGCCUUCUGUGUCAUCUCUUGGUAGAAUAUGUGUUUAAAUUCUGCUUAUGUUCACUAUUCUAACUGUCACUUUUCAGGCAGCUAAUUUAUUUAUUUUGAUUUUUUUUUUGCUUCUUCAUCAACAAAUGUAAAUAAAAAAAAACAUUUACGCCGUC